AUGGAUGACCAGAUAGAACGAGUUUCGAAGUGUGGAAUCAGUCCCGACGGAGUGCACGUUGCUCUCCUUUGCAUACCUCGAGAUCUACGCAGCGACGAACCACAGGUUUGGGGUCACAAUUGGAAUUACAGCCGUCUAUAUCUAUUUCAUAUUCACACAGGCGCCGUGACUCACUUGGUCGACGGGGAGUCCCAUGUGACGGACUUUGCUUGGGACGACCACGGAACGAAAAUUGUUGCGAUCACACACCGGACUCCACACAUAGAAAGCGUGUACCUCCACGGUUCAAAAAUCAUCAUCUUUACGCUUCAAGAGCAGUUGAAUUCUUCGAUCAAGAGAGGAAGUGUCGAGAUGACUUGGUCGUUUCCAGGAGAGAUCAUAUGUGUGUUGUGGUCCCUCAAUACAAUACACAUCAUUGCGCGCAACCAGAUGAACUUCAGUGCUUCGGGGCAGUGCGUCUACUUGUUGCCCAUUGAAAAAGGCGUGGAGGUCAUGCCUAAAGACACCGAUUUGCAACUAGCACCAAUCAAGAAGAGCACUACAUAUGGCUCAGAUUGCUGUCCUGUUCGGCUUCUGAAGCUGAAAAAUGAUGUGGUGGUUCAUGUGCAGCGAGGACUGGAAGACCAACUUCGAUCAUUGAGAGAUGGGAAAAUCAUCUUCACCCACAAGAAGAGAAUUGUCGCCUUCGACGUCGUCGUUCCGAGCCCUCGAUCGCAAGAUCGCCUGGAGAUCUAUAAAUCGGAGCUAGUUCUGGCCACCGCCCACGGCGACGUCAACAAUCCCACAGAAGUUUUCUCUAUGUCUUUUAAUGAAACUGAUGACGCUGCUAUCGUCCAGGCACAGUUGUCAGAUCAUGGGGCCAAUUUCAAGGCGAAAUUCAACUACUUGUCGAGUCAUCGGGCUGUCAAUUGUGUCUUUCUGAAGUGUCCCAGUCUUGACUGCACAGAAUCUCUCGAAGGAGUAUAUUAUGUCCCCGGCCAGCCUUGGAAACCAGCAUCUGAGAUCAGUUCGAAGCCAGCCAAGCCGUUUUCCACGAUUGUUCUGCUCCAUGGAGGACCAUACAGUCGCAUAACUGACGCAUUCGAUAUUUGGAAUCCUUUCCACAUCUUGACACCGGCUCUCUUGCAACAAGGUUAUGGAAUCCUGUGGCCAAAUUACCGUGGAAGCAGCGGUAGAGGUCAAAAGUUCGCCAGCUACGCUGCUGGUGGGAUGGGUACAUUUGAUGAGUCAGACAUUGUAGCAAUGACCCAACAUGUGGUCGUUGAGGGCUAUGCUGAUGAACAACGACUUCUCGUUGCCGGCUGGUCUCAGGGUGGGUACCUCACCUACCUGUCGGCCAUGCGCAAUGGUUUGCAUGGUUUUGGAUGGAAGUUCAAAGCAGCGAUUGCAGGUGCAGGUAUCACUGACUGGGAUAGCUUGACAUUGAGCUCCGAUCUGGGAUAUUCGCAGGCUAUCCUGGCCGGGGGGGCGCCUUGGUCAAGUCUGGACAAGGGUGUGACGACCUCACGAUCUGGUUCCGCUCUGUGGGAAUUUCUGUCGGCUGUUAAGAAUCCCACAGGGAACAGAAUACCUCCGAUAAUGAUAUUGCAUGGCGAAAGCGACGAACGGGUACCAAUCUCACAGGCACAGGGGAUGAGAAGGGCGUUAGAUGGAGCUGGUCUCCCAUUUGAAUUCGUUCCUUAUCCGGGAGAAGGCAACCAUUUUACCCAGCGAAGACAUAUUGUGGAUAUGAUGGCUCGGAUACUAGGGUUUCUGGAAUACCACCUACGGUGA